GAGAAGAAUAAAGAUCCACUGCUAUUUUGGUUGAUUUGGGGUUUGUUGAUUUGUUAUGGGAACAAAAUUGAAGGGGGAGAGGAGGAAAUGAAUGGAAAUAGGACGAGUAGUACGAAAGUGAAUAUGAUACAUGUAGGAGCAGUUGUUGAUGAGGUGAGCCCAUCGAUUGGUGGGGCGGCACAAAAAUGCAUUAAAAUGGCACUGGUGGAUUUCUAUGCAUUUCAUCCCAAUUAUCGUAAUAAGUUGGUCGUACAUUUCAGAGAUUCACAAGACGUGGUUGCCGCAACCUCCGCUGUGGUGGAUUUAGUAAAGAACGAAAAAGUGCAUGCAAUAAUAGGGCCAGAGAGUUCCGGCGAGGCGACGUUUAUGAUAAAGCUAGGCGAAAAGGCUCGCGUCCCCAUCAUUUCAUUUUCAGCCACAAGCCUCUCUAUUUCUCCAUCGCAGAGCCCCUUCUUCGUUCGAACUGCCCAAAACGAUUCUUCUCCAGUCAAAGCCAUCACCACCAUCGUCCAAGGAUUCGGUUGGCACGAGCUCGUUCUCAUCUAUGAAGACACUGAAUAUGGCAAAGGCCUCAUCCCUUUCCUCACCGAUGCACUUCAAGAAUCCAACAUUCGAGUCCCUUUCAAAUACGCCAUCCCCACUUCCAUGGAUCCCUACGAAAUCUCCAAACACCUCCAUAAGAUGAAGAACAGGCAGACUAGAGUUUUCUUGGUGCACGUCACUUCCCCAUUUGGGUCUGCUCUGUUUCCGCUUGUGGAAAAAGCUGGAAUGAUGACCGAAGGCUAUGCUUGGCUUCUCACUAAUACCCUCUCCAAUUGUCUUGACGCCAUGGAUCCUCUGGUUAUUAAAUCAAUGGAGGGUGUUUUGGGGAUACGCCCGCAUUUUCCUGCUUCAGAAGCGUUGGAGAAUUUCAAGAGGAGAUGGAAAUGGUCGGCGCCUGAGUUAAACAUCUAUGGUUUGUGGGCUUAUGAUACCAUUUGGGCAUUGGCUAUGGCGGCGGAGAGGAUUGGGGAAGUGGACAAUCUAGGGUUUCUAAAGGGUCGGGGUAGUGAUGUAGAGGGGAAAACAGAUAUUGCGAAUUUGGGGGUUUCGGAAGUGGGUCCAUUGUUGUUGAAAGAGAUGUUGAAUAUCAAGUUUAAGGGUUUGAGUGGGGAUUUCCAUUUGGUUAAUGGGCAUUUACAGCCGUCGGCUUUUGAAAUAUUCAAUGUGAUUGGGAGAGGAGAGAGAUUGAUUGGGUGUUGGAGUCCUGAAGAAGGGAUUUGUCAAAACAGAGCGAAUAAGAAACCUAAUGAAAAAUACUCCACAUCAGUUAGUAAGCUGAAGAAGAUCAUAUGGCCUGGAGACUCCAUUACUGCACCAAAAGGAUGGGCUGUGCCUGCUGAUGGUGAAAAAUUUAGAAUAGGGGUUCGUAAAAAACAUGGGUUCAAUGAGUUCUUGGAUGUUACUCGAAACCCUCAAACAGGGGAGCUCAAUUAUACUGGUUUUUGCAUAGAUGUCUUCAGAGCUGUUGCUGAUGCUUUGCCUUUUCCUCUUCCUUAUGAAUUUGAACUCUUCAAAGAUGAUGCCGGGGACAGCUCUGUUAUUUAUGAUGACCUCCUUCACCAACUCGCCGAGAGCAAGAAGAAGAAUAAAUUUGAUGCGGUCGUAGGAGAUAUUACUAUUGUGGCCAGCCGAGCCAACCUCGUAGAUUUCUCAUUGCCAUAUACUGACUCGGGCGUGACAAUGCUUGUCCCAAUCAAACACAACAUGCAUCGUAGUAUGUGGGUUUUCUUGAAACCUUUGAGUGUGGAUCUAUGGCUUACGACCAUAGCAGCCUCCAUAGCAACACGAAUUGUUCUACUGAUCUUAGAGCACAAUGCAAGAAGAGAAUCCUCGCAACCAUUGGAGUUACUCUGUUUAGUCCUCUGGUUUCCUUUCUCUUCCUUAGUUCUUCCUGAAAGACAAAUAGUGACCAAUACGCGCUCUAGGUUUGUGCUUGUGGUCUGGUUGUUUCUGGCGUUUGUUCUAAUGCAGAGUUACACAGCAAGUUUGUCUUCAAUCUUAAUGUCAGAUCAGCUACAGCCCAAGUAUUUUAGCGUGAAUGAACUCAUAUCCAAGGGCUACUAUGUUGGAUAUCAAGAGGGUUCCUUUACAAAAUCUAUGCUGAUAGAGCAGUUGAAAUUUAACGAAUCCAAGUUGAAAUCUUAUGCAAAUGUUGAGGAGUAUCGUCAGGCAUUGUCUAAAGGAAGUCAAAACGGUGGUGUUGCUGCAAUCUUUGAUGAAAUUCCUUACCUUAAGGUCUUCCUUACAAAAUAUGGCUCUGAUUUCAUCAUGGCUGGACCUAUAUAUCGAACAGACGGAUUUGGGUUUGCAUUUCCACAAAACUCUCGGUUAGUACCUUAUGUAUCAAGAGCAAUAUUGAACGUGACAGAGGGAGAGAAAAUGGUGACAAUUGAAACAAAAUACUUUGGAGCUGGAAAUCAAAAUCAAGACAGCUCAAACUCCUCCUCCGAUGGUCCAUGUCUAGAGGUGUCGAGCUUCGGGGGCCUUUUUAUUAUCACUGGGAUAGCAUUAUUGCUGGCUUUGAUCGGCUCAAAAUCCUUCGUCUGGCAAAAGCCUGCCUCAAUGGCAAAGACGUAUUACAGGAAAUAUGUGUCGUUUCAGCGGCAUUCACAUUCUGAUGUGAAGGACAAGGAAAUGGACGACAUGUCGAAAUCGUCCGAGGCUGUUUCAGCUGAUGCAGAUCAUGGCUGCCACGAUUCAAGUGCUGGUCCUGCAAAACAUGUCACCGAGACCACUAGCUAAGCUAGCUUUGGUCUUUAAUGAACACAACUUUGCUACACUUUAAAGAGAGCAUUUUAAAGCAACCAUUUUUUUAAUAACAAUAUGCAAAGUUGGGGAUCCGACCUCAAUUAUUGAAAUGGUACAAGAUUUACGUUGAGUUAUGAUCAUUUUGACU